UCUGUGAAGAACAUCUUCACCCUGAGCAACAGAAGUGGAGCUUCAGGAUGCGGACAGAGGAGCCACAGCCCUCCCACAUUAAGAAGGAAGAGGAAUACCCACUGAUACCCCAUUUUAAAAAGGAAGAGGAGGACCCACUGACACCCCAUUUUAAAAAGGAAGUGGUGGAUCCACUGACCCCUCACUCUAAGGAGGAAGAGGAGGAACACAGCAUCAGUCAGCCUAAAAGGUUGGAGGAGUUCCCAGUGACUGGUGUCCCUGUGAAGAGUGAAGGAGAUGAGGUGGAAGGUGAAAGUGAGGAGAGGGGAGGGGGGGAGCCUCCAAGCAGCAGCUCAACACAACACAUGACAACAGAAGCUGAUGGAGACCACUGUGGAGGAUCACAAGCAGACAAGCUCUUAGCUCCACUAUCAGAUAGUGAGGACACAACGUCACACUCUCCUGACACUGAUGAUGAAGACUCUAAAGAUGAUAAGACAUGUCACGCUGACAACACUCGCUUCACAUGUUCUCUCUGUCACAAAACUUUUAAAUACCAUUGUCGUCUGAAAGUACACAUGAGAACACACACUGGAGAAAAACCUUUUUCUUGCUCAGAAUGUGGUAAAGGUUUUACACGAAGUCAACAUUUGAAAGUACACAUGAGAACACACACUGGAGAAAGACCUUUUUUAUGUUCAAUCUGUGGUAAAGUUUUUAUUCAAAGGUACUAUUUAAAAUCACACAUGAGUACACACACUGGAGGAAAACAUUGUUCCUGCUCAGAAUGUGGUAAAAAUUAUACUCAAAGCCAUAAUUUGAAAACACACAUGAGAAUAGACACUGGAGAAAAACCUUUUUCAUGUUCGAUCUGUGGUAAAAAUUUUACUCGAAGGCAAAAUUUUAAAACACACAUGACAAUACACACUGGAGAAAAACCUUUUUCAUGUUCAAUUUGUGUCAAGAAUUUUACUCAAAGGCAAUCUUUGAAAGUACAUAUGAGAUUACCACUGGAGAAAAUAAAAUUUCCUGCUCAGAAUGUGGUAAAAGUUUAAAUCAAGGUUUAAAAUUACAUAUGAGAACACACACUGGAGAAAAACCUUUUUCAUGUUCAAUCUGCGGUAAAGAUUUUACUCAAAAGAAGCAUUUCAAAGCACACAUGACACUACACACUGGAGAAAAACCUUUUUCAUGUUCAAUCUUUGGUAAAAAAUCUAUUCGAAGGCAACAUUUAAAAACACACAUGAGAAUACACACUGGAGAAAAACCUUGUUCCUUCUCAUAAUGUGGUAAAAGUUUUGUCAUAAGACAAAGUUUAAAAGUAAAAAUGAGAACACACGCUGGUGAAAAACCUUUCAUAUGUUCAGUAUGUUGUAAAAGUUAUAUAGAAGGACGACAAUUAAAAUUACACAUGAGAAUGCAAUCAGGUGAAAAAAC